AUGAAACACCGGGCCAACGUGUUCGAACUCCUGAACAGUGGGAAGGAGGUGGUGCAAGGAGAGGUUAAGAUGGCGCCACUGAAGAUCCAUGGGUUGAGCCUCAGUACCUGCACCAGGAGGGUGAUGACAACCUGUCUGGAAAAGAAUGUGGACUUUGAGUUGGUAGAGGUAGAUCUCAUGAAGGGGGCGCAUAAGGCGCCAGAGUUUUUGGCACUCCAGCCUUUCGGACAAGUUCCUGUAUUGGUGGACGGGGAUCUCACAAUGUUCGAGUCUCGUGCAAUGGCGAGGUAUAUUGCUACCAAGUGGGCCGGCCAGGGAACCGAUCUUUUCGGCAAGACAGAGAAACAGCGUGCUCUUGUCGACACAUGGCUGGAGGUCGAGGGGCAAAACUACAACCCCCCUGUAGCCACCAUUGUUGGCCAGGUGGUGUUUGCACCAAUGUUUGGAGGACAGACUGACAUGAAAGUCGUCGAGGAGCAGAUCCAGAAGCUGGAGAAGGUUCUGGACGUGUACGAGGACCACCUGGCCAAGAACCAGUACCUCGCUGGAGACGAGUUCACGCUCGCUGACCUCAGCCACCUCCCCUACACCGCCUUGCUGCUCAAGACCGAUGCUGGAGCGGGCUUCCUUAGGAGGGCGCACCUGAAGGCCUGGUGGGAGCGCAUCUCGACGCGCCCUUCCUGGCUCAAGAUUACUGGCACGGAGUCUGCCCGGAACGUUGAGGAGUACACCGCACAGCUCAAGGGUGCCGCUGAGGCCCUGAAGCAGCUCUUCCACAGCACCCACGCCAACCCCAUCUGCGUUCGCAUCGGCUGGCAUGACUCGGGCACGUACGACAAGAACAUCUCGGCAUCCGAGUGGCCCAAGGCCGGAGGCGCCGUCGGGAGCAUUCGUUUCAAGCCGGAGCUUCUCCAUGGGGCAAACGCCGGUUUGGACCAGGCGCUGGCGCUGCUGGAGCCCAUCAAGCAGAGGUACCCGUCCAUCAGCUACGCCGACCUCUUCCAGCUGGCCAGCAAGAUCGGAAUUCAGGAGGCGGGCGGGCCCAAGCUGCCCCUCCGGUUCGGCCGUGUGGACGUGGAUACUCCUGAGCAUUGCUCCCCCGAGGGCAACCUGCCCGCGGCUGUCCCCGGCACGGCCAAGGCCGGCGGCGGACUUGCCUCGAAAGAGAGUGCGGGCGAGCAUCUGCGCCGCAUCUUCUACAGGAUGGGCCUCACCGACCAGGACAUCGUCGCCCUGUCAGGCGCCCACACCAUUGGGAGGUCUCACAACGACCGGAGCGGUUUCGGGGCUGACAAGACCAAGUACACCGAGGGGGGCGACAUUGGAACUCCGGGCGGGUCCAGCUGGGUGCCGGAUUGGCUCGUGUUCAACAACAGCUACUACCAGGUGACCAAGGACGUGGCCAACGGUUGGGUGGACCCUGCCGAGAAGCACGACCCCGAGCUCAUCUCCUUCUCGACCGACCAGGUCAUCUUCAAGGAUCCUGAGUUCGCCAAGUACGCCGAGAAGUACCGUGAGAGCCAGGACGCCUUCUUCGCAGACUACGCGGUCAGCCACAAGAAGCUGAGCGAGCUGGGCUCCAAGUUCGACCCGCCAGAGGGCAUCGAGGUGGACUUCUAAGUUGCACGCGUUGGGCAUUGCGCGGGUCGUCGGUUGCAAGUUUCACUGUUGCCACACAGUUGUAGAUUACAGGAAGUGACGUCAAAGACCUCGGGCUGUCAAUGGGAUGAGGAGACUUUUUCUAGGUCAUAUCUUGAGUUUCUGCGCAGCUACUGCAAGGGAAGGUAUUUGCCGUGGUAUUAAGUCGAGCAACACAUCUGUCUCCAAGAAUAUCUUCGGUUCGUGUCUGCACUUUUCCGCCCCUCAGAUCUUUUGAUGUAGUGGGACUGAAAACGUGGCAGGGUUCGAAAGGGUACAGACAUACUCCGUUCAGAAUCCGUUCCGGGAGGAAUGCAUGUAGUCCAAUACAUGUGCAAGGUAACCGCGGCCCGGUGCAGCGCGCACUAGUUGACAUAUACCCAUGGUCGUACGCCCUUAUUAAAAUCUCAUAGCACACCCU